GGGCGCACGCGCUCAGAGAGAGCCGGGCCGCCGUCGCUGCCGCCGCUGUCCCCGCGCCUUGCGCCCGGUGGCCCCCCACCUCCGCCCCGCGGCCGCACCUGGCGCUCCCUGGCUCCCCCGGCCCCCGCGCGGCGUGGAGCCAUCUUCCCUCACCUCCUACCGGAACCCUAGCUUGCUCCCGGCCCAUGCGGCCCCCGCGGGCUCCCGGCCCCGGCUCCAGAACUCAGCCCUGCACCUGAGCGCGGGGCCCGGCGGGGCGUGGCGGCGGCGAUGGGGAAACUGCAGUCGAAGCACGCCGCCGCCCGCAAGCGGAGAGAGAGCCCGGAAGGGGACAGCUUCGUGGCGUCCGCGUACGCGAGCGGCCGCAAAGGCGCGGAGGAAGCGGAGCGGCGCGCGCGGGACAAGCAGGAGCUGCCCAACGGGGACCCCAAGGAGGGGCCUUUCCGGGAGGACCAGUGUCCCCUACAGGUGGCACUCCCCCCUGAGAAAGCUGAGGGCCACGAGCACCCAGGACAACUCCUCAGCGCAGAUGACGGAGAGAGGGCAGCAAACCGCGAGGGCCCGCGAGGACCGGGCGGGCAGCGCCUCAACAUUGACGCACUCCAGUGCGAUGUCUCAGUGGAGGAGGACGACCGCCAGGAGUGGACGUUCACGCUCUAUGACUUUGACAACUGCGGGAAGGUCACCAGGGAGGACAUGUCCAGCCUCAUGCACACCAUCUAUGAGGUUGUGGAUGCCUCGGUCAACCACUCCUCGGGCAGCAGCAAGACCCUCCGUGUGAAGCUAACCGUCAGCCCUGAGCCCUCCAGCAAGAGGAAGGAGGGUCCUCCUGCUGGCCAGGACCGGGAGCCCACCCGUUGCAGGAUGGAGGGUGAACUGGCAGAGGAGCCAAGGGUGGCUGACAGGAGGUUGUCUGCACACGUCAGAGCACCUGCGGCUCUGGUGCCUGGGACGGAGUUCACAGGGUUCUGGGGGUCGGCCGUGACCUUGUUUCUCUGGAUGGCACUUGACUGUCUGUGCCCAGGCGUCCACUCUCCUUCCUGCUCUGCGAGGAGGAGGCCCAGCACUGACCCCCAGCCCUGCUCGGAGCGGGGACCCUACUGCGUGGACGAGAACACGGAGCGCAGAAACCACUACCUGGACCUCGCCGGGAUUGAGAACUACACGUCCAGAUUCGGCCCUGGGUCCCCUCCUGUGCAAGCCAAGCAGGAGCCACAGGGCAGGGCCUCGCACCUCCAGGCCCGGUCCCGCUCCCAGGAGCCAGACACACAUGCCGUACACCACCGCAGGUCGCAGGUGCUGGUGGAACACGUCGUGCCAGCCUCGGAGCCUGCUGCCCGGGCCCUGGACCCACAGCCCCGGCCGAAGGGGCCGGAGAAGCAGUUCCUCAAGUCCCCCAAGGGCUCCGGGAAGCCGCCUGGGGUGCCAGCCAGCAGCAAGUCCGGGAAAGCCUUCAGCUACUACCUGCCGGCCGUCCUGCCGCCCCAGGCCCCUCAGGACGGCCACCACCUCCCGCAGCCCCCACCACCACCCUACGGCCACAAGCGGUACCGCCAAAAGGGCAGGGAGGGCCACUCGCCACUCAAGGCCCCACACGCCCAGCCUGCCACAGUGGAGCACGAGGUGGUGCGGGACCUGCCGCCCACGCCAGCAGGAGAGGGCCACGCGGUGUCAGUGAUCCAGCGGCACGAGCAUCACCACCACCACGAGCACCACCACCACCACCACCACCACCACUUCCACCCGUCCUAGCGCCACUGCCAAGCACACCUCGCUCCCAGCACACCACGGCCCGCGCCCUCAGGGCAGGGAGCAGAGCAGCUGCCGGCUGUGUGCCCAUGGGGAGCCCAGCCCCCCCCAACCUCCGACAGCAAACAGCAACUGACUGCAGGUGCUGGCAUGAUGGAGGCGGUGCACCUUGGACACGUGGACAAGGCCCAGGCACCCUCUGCUCUUCUGCCCUUGAUGCCACAUGGCGGUGAACACAUCUGAAGCCACUACGUUUCCCGGCUCUAAGGCUCGUCUGUGUAACCCAUAAAACCUGCUUUGAUUCCAAAAUGAGGCCCUGGAGUGCGCAAGGAGUGCCCGGAUGCUUGGGGUGGGUGUUCCUCCCGGGGCUUCAAGGGGUGACUGCUGUAGGCUGUCCCAGUGCGAGGCCAGGAGCGAAUGGAAGAGCUGAGGCUUUGCCUGGCUUGUCAUCAUGAAAUGAGAGGGGACAGGGCCGGGGGGGAAGCAGCUUGUGCUUAGCAGGGAGCAUCCGUGGCUCCCCGCAGGAGGCCAAGCAGCAGAAGGCAGCAGUGCUAGAAAGAGAAGUGCCAGAGUAGGAAGUGCAGACCAGCGAGGAGGGGCCACAGGGCACAGGGGAGCCCACACCAGCGAGGAGGGGCCACAGGGCACAGGGGAGCCCACACCAGCGAGGAGGGGCCACAGGGCACAGGGAGUCCACACCAGCGAGGAGGGGCCACAGGGUACAGGGGAGCCCACACCAGCGAGGAGGGGCCACAGGGCACAGGGGAGCCCACACCAGCGAGGAGGGGCCACAGGGCACAGGGGAAGCCCACACCAGCGAGGAGGGGCCACAGGGCACAGGGGAGCCCACACCAGCGAGGAGGGGCCACAGGGCACAGGGGAGCCCACACCAGCGAGGAGGGGCCACAGGGCAGCAUGCGGUGGUGGAGGUAGCCCCUAGUCCCGGAGCCACAGCAGCUCAGGUGCAUGCAGGACACAGUCAAGGCGGGGAGGGGCAGGGCGACAGAUGCUGGGGAGAGGCAGAGGCUCGUGCUGGGUGCGGCUCAGAACACGGGGACUUGCACAUUCAUGGUCCCAACACUCACAGGGCGGCUUCUGUGACGUGAGCUUUGGAGAAAGGUGUGUCCUGCAAGGGUCAGGAGACGGUUGCAGGCCAGAAGGACGUCCCAGUGACAUUUCGGAGUCUUGCAGCCUGCAGGGGUCCAUGUGGUUACCCGGAACAGGAACCGUGGGGGUGCUUUCCGGGACCUAGGGGGCCUGUGCCAAUGUUUCUGAGUCUUGGAGCCUGCAGGGGUCCACGUGUUUACCCUGAACAGGAACGUGCGGGUGUUUUCCAGAAUCUGGCGAGGCCGCGUGGCAGUUUUGCAUUUACAUUCCUUGUUUUGUUUUUAAGGAUAAAGCAGUGCUGGGUGGGGUCUGUGGGAGGGGUUUGAGCCAUGGCGGAAGAUCCCUGGUGAAUGGCUUGGAUGUUUGUUCUCUCCAAGUCUCAUGCUGAGACAUGAUCCGCAGGGCUGGGUGGGGUUGUGGGAGGGGUUUGAGCCAUGGCGGAAGAUCUCUGGUGAAUGGCUUGGAUGUUUGUUCUCUCCAAGUCUCAUGCUGAGACAUGAUCCGCAGUGCUAGGUGGGGUUGUGGGAGGGGUUUGAGCCAUGGGGGAAGAUCCCUGGUGAAUGGCUUCGAUGUUUGUCGCCUCCAAGUCUCAUGCUGAGACAUGAUCCGCAGUGCUGGGUGGGGUUGUGGGAGGGGUUUGAGCCAUGGUGGAAGAUCCCUGGUGAAUGGCUUGGAUGUUUGUUCUCUCCAAGUCUCAUGCUGAGACGUGAUCUGAGGUGCUGGGUGGGGUCUGUGGGAGGGGUUUGAGCCAUGGUGGAAGAUCCCUGGUGAAUGGCUUCGAUGUUUGUUGCCUCCAAGUCUCAUGCUGAGACAUGAUCCGCAGUGCUGGGUGGGGUCUGUGGGAGGGGUUUGAGCCAUGGCGGAAGAUCCCUGGUGAAUGGCUUCGAUGUUUGUCGCCUCCAAGUCUCAUGCUGAGAUGUGAUCCGCAGUGCUGGGUGGGGUCUGUGGGAGGGGUUUGAGCCAUGGCGGAAGAUCCCUGGUGAAUGGCUUCGAUGUUUGUUGCCUCCAAGUCUCAUGCUGAGACGUGAUCCACGGUGCUGGGUGGGGUUGUGGGAGGGGUUUGAGCCAUGGCGGAAGAUCCCUGGUGAAUGGCUUCGAUGUUUGUCGCCUCCAAGUCUCAUGCUGAGACGUGAUCCACGGUGCUGGGUGGGGUUGUGGGAGGGGUUUGAGCCAUGGCGGAAGAUCCCUGGUGAAUGGCUUCGAUGUUUGUCGCCUCCAAGUCUCAUGCUGAGACGUGAUCCAUGGUGCUGGGUGGGGUUGUGGGAGGGGUUUGAGCCAUGGGGACAGAUCCCUGGUGAAUAUGGCUUGGCGCCCUUGCCGUGGUGAUGAGUGAGCUCUCAUUCUGUGUUUGUGGGAGAUCUGGUUCUUUAGAGCAAGGGCCACAACCCCCAGGCUGCGGACUGCUACUGGUUUGUUGCCUGUUAGGAAUGGGCCGCACAGCAUGGGUGGGCGGUGGUGAGCGAGCAUGAGUGCCUGAGCCCCGCCUCCUGUUAGAUCAGAGGCGGGAUUAGAUCCUGAUGGGUGCUCGAACCCUGUUGUGAACUGCGCAUACGAGGGAUCUAGGUUGUGUGCUCCUUAUGAGAAUCUAACGCCUGAUGAUCAGAAGUGGAAGUUUCAUUCUGAAACCAUCCCCACACCCGGUCCGUGGAAAACUUGUCUUCCACAAAACCAGUCCCUGGUGGCAAAAAGGUUGGGGACUGCUGGUUUAAAGGAACUGGCACCUCCCCCUCUCUUUCUUGCUCUGACCAUGUGACAUGCCUGCCCCUCCUUUGCCUCCUGCGUUGAGUGGCAGCUUCCUGAGGUUUCCCCAGAAGCUGAGCAGAUGCAGGCACCAUGCUUGUACAGCCUGCAGAAUGGGGAGCCACAUAAACCUCUUUUCCUUAUAAAUACCCCAGUGCCAGGUAUUCCUUUAUAGCAACGCAAAACAGACUAACACAAGAACCUCCCCCCCGCCAAAAAAAAACCCUACAAAAAACACAUAUGCACAAAAAGUGAGCCAGUGCUGAAUGGUCUCGUUCAUUAAACACCCACAUGUAAA